AAGAAAGGUGGGUCUAAAAUGUCAUUUGGUUUUGACACAAAUUUGAUUGGGCAACGAGCGAUAAAUUUCCGCUGUGUGUUGGGCUAAGCUCUAUAUAAGUAUCUCACCAGCAAUUUUCAAUGCUACAUCUUUUCACGAGAAACUAAUGGCUGAAAGGAUGCAGAACCAUAGGUAAGUGAAGCUUAUGGACAACUGGGAAUGAAAGCUAUCCCUAAAACCUCAGUGUGUGCAGGGGCUUACAGAAAAUGCUAGAUACUGCACUGAAGGGACUGGAAACCUCUGAAAUAAAUAACCAAGUAUUUUUGUCAGGCAAAGAUCUGAAGAGAUCCUUUUACAGGGUAUUACAUGUGAACCAUUGGCACUGUUAAUGCAGCAAAGACACUAGCUCCUGAGCCAGGCAUAGCCAUGGAAGGGGAUACUGCUCCAUGCCAAUGCGCUGGAAACACUUGCAUGCAUCAUGGUAUGGCAGCCAACCUGUUGUUAUGAAAUUGUAUUUGUUGAGCAAGAGGCUUUGUAGUGCUGUAAAGAUGACAAUAAGUUGGAGAUAAGUUAUUACAGUCAGACUACCAGAUGUCAGGUAAAUUUAGCCAUUAGAACAUGGAGAAGUUUGGAUUUAAAACACAUAAAUAUGUGCAUGAUGGGAUACACAGAAGGUGCUUGCAGAUUUCAAGACACUUUCCCUCGGUCUUCUCCUUCCCGUUUCCUCUGGGAAAAAAUGCAUGGGCUCUUCUUUGUCCUGGUUACAUGCACAGUGGGUGCCUCUGCUUUCAGGCUCGAGCAAGGGAAAAGCACAGAAAACUGCCCAGAUCACAUCAUCUCUUUCCAACACUACUAUGAACUUCAUGGAGAACCUGUGGUUCUGAAAUGCCCUUCCCCUAGAUACAAACAUCUGGAUUUUUCUUCCUUGUCCCAUAAUAUCACAUGGUACAAAAAUGAUUCAAAAACCAUGAUAUCAGGAAGAGAUGAAGAUCCAAGAAUCUGGGCAAAAGGAGAUGCACUCUGGUUUUUACCAGCAAGGCAAGAAGACUCAGGAGUGUAUGUCUGUACAAGACGGAACAACUCCUACUGUGCUGAGGUGUCCAUCCACCUCACCGUUGUGGAGAAGACAGCUGCUCGGGACAUCGCUUAUAUGCAGGUCCUCUUCACUUUUACCUCUGGAAAGAUCGUUUGCCCUGACCUAUGGGAGUUUACAUCAAAUAUAACCAGUCUGGAGCUCAAGUGGUACAAGGAUGCCCUGCCUUUGGAAGACAACAGUGAAAAAUUCGUGUUUCUGAAAGGCUCGAAUUCCCUGAUCUUCACGUCUGUGUUACCAACAGACUCUGGCUACUACACCUGCAAGAUGUCUUUCCCCUAUGAAGGCGUAACGUACAAGAUCACGAGAACAAUCAAGCUGCAGACAGUCGAACAAGAAAAGAGAAUUACCCCGAUAAUCGUGUAUCCAACUCAAAAGACAACAUCAGCUGCUCUUGGCUCCAAGAUGACGCUCCCUUGUAAAGUAUUUGCUGGACCGAGCAGGCAUAUCUAUACUGACGUGGAAUGGUUAGCAAAUGACACCAUCAUUGACGUGGUUUACAAGCAAAACAGAGUUACAGAGGGGGAACGACAAGAAACCAUAGAAAAUGGUGAGAACUUCAUUGAAGUGCCACUGAUUUUUGAAUCUGUUGAAGAAGUGGAUCUUUAUACAGACUUUAAGUGUCUGGCACAGAACAGAUAUGGCUCCCAAGUACUGCCAACAAGGGUCAAGCAGGAAGCUGUUGGCUUGUCCUGGUACACUGCAGUGAUUCCAGUUGCAUUGGCCUGCGUCAUCUUAGGGGCGAUAUGCGUGCACAAGUGCUGGAAGCAGAGAGCUGACAAAGGAUACACAAUAGCAAAGGUUUAAGAUCUGCUUUAUUCUCCAGCUGCCAACAGCAAAAAAUUAAUCUUGGCUGACUUCCACGUGAGACACAGAGGGAUGAUUCAGACUAGAUAUACUGCUUUCUCACUGGAUGGAUAUAUAUCAGCUUUUUUCUUCUUCUUUAUGUCUUCCAUGAUCUGAUUAAAUUAGAAAUAUAAGUUUGUGUAAAAUGCUGCCUAGAUGCAGGAAACCCACUUCUACUAUUUUGCACCUAGACUGUGGUUUGUAGCAUUUUGAAACAUGGUGUCCCAGGUACAUGCCCUUGUUAUGAGAAGAAGGGUAAGAAAAAGGAGAUGGUCUCACCCUUUGUAAAUUCAAUAGCCUUAUCCUUUGAAAAAAGGCAAAACAAAACAAAACAACUAGAACCUAAAAAAUAGAAACUAAGAAAGCUUGCUCCAGAAGAGCUAUUCCAUGCCAGAGUGAUAAGAUUUUUCCUUGUGCACCCAAACUCAAUUUAUUUUUCUUCAGUCUACAAAACAGCUGGUUUUUUCCAUUUUCUAGAGCCAAUUUCAGUUGUCACGACAACUGUACUUCUAUGAACUUUUCCACAGAAAAUCUCUCUCUCUCUCUUUUUUUUUUUUUUUUUAACCACUUGGAUUAUUCCUUGCUUAAAUAGGUGCUUUCAGAAUACCCCUCUCCCAGAGAUAACUACCUCAGCAUAACAGAUAAUUGUACACAGGAGAAUUUGUUUCUGUUUUAUCUACCAAUAUGUCAUGGCUAGAAAAUUGUAGGCAGCUGUAACAUGUUGUUAUCUUUGCCAAGAAAAGAAUUUGGAGGAUGUUUUAGUGUUUUGAA